CGCCUCGACUGAGCGCCGUACAAAUCAUUCAGAGAGUAGCUGUCGAGCCGAGCAGAAGCAAGAGCUAGAGCUACCAUUCGAAGGUGAAAAAAAAAUUACAAAAUACAAAAUCGCAUCAGAGACACAAAAAAUCAGAGAACUUGAAUCAGAAUCAGAAAAAAUAAGAGACACAUUGUGAGCCAAGUGAAGUGCUGAAUUUUCCAAAAAAAUAAUUAAACAAAGUGCAUAAAAUAUCCGAAAUGGCCACCUUAUCGACACAUCCCAAUUACGGUUUCCAUCUGGGCCAGCCCCAGGGACUGGAGGACUACGCCCCCCAGGGCCAGCUGCAGCUGAGUCCCGGCAUGGACAUGGAUAUCAAGCGGGUGCUGCACUACUCCCAGAGCCUGGCGGCCAUGGGUGGCUCCCCGACCGGACCGGCCGGCGGUGGCGUGUCUGGCGGCGCCAACAUGGGCCACCACAUGUCCGCCGGACACAUGUCCACCCACCACAUGCAUCAGGCGGUCUCCGCCCAACAGACCUUGUCGCCAAACAGCUCCAUCGGAUCCGCUGGCAGCCUGGGCAGCCAGAGCAGUCUGGGCAGCAGCGGCAGUGGCAUGAACGUUUCCGGUUCCGGCUCCGGCCAUCAGUCCGGCGGUAUGCACAGCCUGGCCACCUCUCCCGGCCAGGAGGGACACAUCAAGCGGCCCAUGAACGCCUUCAUGGUGUGGUCGCGCCUGCAGCGCCGCCAGAUCGCCAAGGAUAAUCCCAAGAUGCACAACUCCGAGAUCUCGAAGAGGCUGGGAGCCGAGUGGAAGCUGCUGGCCGAGUCCGAGAAGCGGCCCUUCAUCGACGAGGCCAAGCGCCUGCGGGCCCUGCACAUGAAGGAGCACCCCGACUACAAGUACCGCCCCCGUCGCAAGCCCAAGAACCCCCUGACCGCCGGACCACAGGGCGGCCUCCAGAUGCAGGGCGGCCCCAUGGGCCAACAGAAGCUGGGCGCCGGAGCCGGAGCUGGUCCCGGUGGCUACAAUCCGUUCCACCAGCUGCCGCCAUACUUCGCGCCCUCGCACCACCUCGACCAGCCCUACCCAGUGCCAUACUUCGGUGGCUUUGAUCCGCUGGCCCUCUCGAAGCUCCACCAGUCGCAGGCUGCCGCGGCGGCGGCCGUCAACAACCAGGUGCACAAGGUGGAGCCCCAGGCGCCGCCCCAGCUGCCGCCCACCUCGCUGAGCAGCUUCUACUCGGGCAUCUAUUCCGGCAUCUCGGCACCAUCGCUGUACGCCGCCCACUCCGCCAACGCCGCCGGACUGUACACAUCCUCGUCGACCUCCUCGCCCGGAUCCUCGCCCGGAACCAUCACACCCAACGGCAUGGACGGCUCCAUGGAUAGCGCCCUGCGUCGACCGGUCCCGGUGCUCUAUUAGAGCGCUACGGCGAUCCGAGUAGAGUACAGAGUAGAGUACAAUUGUUGAAGCAUUCCCAAAGUGAUCCACUGGUUUUAAAUCUUCAAAAGCUCUAAGUAAGCCAAUCCUCCAAACCACUCCGCUUAAAUCUAGUACAAUCUUCGCACACCAGACCUAGACAGUAAGGAAGAUACUGAUGAUGGAAGAUACAGAUCAUCCAGCACAAAGCAUUCCUAGCCAAUACUAUGAACUAUAAUUUAUUUACGCAAAAACCAACAAACAAAACAUAAAAAAACAAAACCUAAUUGUAAAUUAAUUUUAUUUAGUUUUAAGGAUCGAGAGAGCGCCUCCUCCUUGUUGUUUUUUUUCGUGUCAGCACCAGUUUAAAUCGUAGCUCCUAGUUCGUAAUACCUCCACCCACUAAUCCCCUCAAAUUGUAUAUAUCCCAGCCGAUUUCGUUAUAGUGUCACGAGGACUAGAACAUACAUAAAUGUAUUAUUGUAUUAUUAAUUGUAUUAAAAUUAAACGUUAUCAUCUAAGCGCUAAAUGGCAAAUGAAUGCCAACACAAAACAAACAAACAUUAAAAAACGAAUAAAAACAAAAUAAUUUGAGAAAACCAAA